AUGAUGAGUAAUAAGGUACCGUUACCUCGUACUCGAGUUGGGAAGUAUCAGUUAGGGAAGACGAUUGGAGAAGGAAGCUUUGCGAAGGUGAAAUUGGCGAAGAAUGUUGAGAAUGGUGAUUAUGUUGCUAUCAAGAUUCUUGAUCGUAAUCAUGUGCUUCGACAUAAUAUGAUGGAUCAGUUGAAAAGAGAAAUUUCAGCGAUGAAGAUGAUUAAUCAUCCAAACGUUGUCAAAAUAUUUGAGGUAAUGGCAAGCAAAACAAAGAUUUACAUUGUCUUGGAAUUGGUUAGUGGAGGAGAACUAUUUGAUAAAAUUGCUACAAAUGGGAGACUUAAAGAGGAUGAAGCAAGAAGUUAUUUCCAACAACUAAUCAAUGCGGUUGAUUACUGCCAUAGUAGAGGAGUCUAUCACAGAGAUUUGAAGCCGGAGAAUCUUAUGUUGGACACAAAUGGUGUUCUUAAAGUUUCAGAUUUUGGAUUAAGUACAUAUUCGCAACAGGAGGGUGAGCUUCUCCGCACGGCUUGUGGAACACCGAAUUACGUUGCACCUGAGGUGAUUAAUGAUAGAGGUUAUGUUGGUUCUACAUCUGAUAUAUGGUCCUGUGGAGUUAUUCUCUUUGUACUUAUGGCCGGGUACUUGCCGUUCGACGAGCCGAAUCAAAUUGCACUUUAUAGAAAAAUUGGUAGGGCUGAGUUCACAUGUCCGCCGUGGUUUUCGCCCGAGGCAAAGAAACUGCUCAAGGCUAUACUUAAUCCAAACCCUCUCACAAGGAUAAAAAUUCCAGAACUCUUGAAAGAUGAAUGGUUCAAAAAAGGAUACAAGCCAGCAUCUUUUACCGAGGAAGAUGUCAAUGUAGAUGAUGUUGCUGCUGCUUUCAACAAUUCAAAGGAAAAUCUUGUAACAGAGACGAAAGAGAAACCCGUGUCCAUGAAUGCUUUCGAGCUUAUUUCUAGAUCAGAAAGCUUCAAUCUUGACAAUUUAUUCGAGAAGCAAAAGGGAGUUGUAAAGCGCGAAACUCAUUUCACUUCACAACGUCCUGCAAAUGAAAUCAUGUCUAAGAUUGAGGAGGCUGCAAAACCUCUCGGAUUUAAUGUUCACAAGCGAAAUUACAAGAUGAAGCUGCAAGGUGAUAAAAGUGGAAGGAAAGGCCACCUUUCAGUGGCUACUGAGGUUUUUGAAGUGGCACCCUCCCUACAUAUGGUGGAGUUGCGAAAGACGGGUGGCGACACACUUGAGUUUAACAAAUUCUACAAAAUAUUUUCAUCGGGGUUAGAUGACAUAGUGUGGCACAAUGACAAAAAAUAA